UGUCUAGUGUCAAAUGACGUCACCACUCACACCACAAUGGCGGUCGAUGUACAUACAUAUGUGGCAUACAUACAUAAUCAAAUAAUGUAGAGCUGGACGCGAUUCUUCGCAUCGACCGAUCCGAUUUCGCUCGCGAGGAGCGUCCUCGAGGAGUGGGAACUCCCGGACACAGGACUCCAGUCGCAUUAUGCUCAUCAUCAUCGUAGAACAGAUUGCGCUUGCCGUCACCGACCUCGAUCCACGUUGAUCCCGGACGCUUAUCGCGCUUAUCAGGCUAGCUGCGGUUUCGCGAUACACGCCAGGAUGUUCAAGAAAUUCAAGGACAAGCUGGCGGAGGAGAUGAAGCAGUCACCCGCCAGGUUGCAGGCAAGCGUGCAACAGCUGGCGCAGGCUGUAGUGUCGCCGGCGCUGUCCAACAGCUCCAUUCAGGAAGUGUCAGCGUCAAGUGACAAUUUCAGUUUGACAGAAGAUGGAGACGAAACACCAAAGAACACUCCAGCGAAGCAUAGUUUCCAGAAUGUUGACCUAAUGUCGCCAUCUCCGAAUCUCGCAGAGAUCUCGAGAAGAUCCUCGGUGAGCAGUGUCACCAGUGACGCGUCCUCGUUGUUUCCAAUGUAUGAGAGUCCUUCGAAUCUAUAUCAUCUACAGUCGGACAUGGAUCAGUCAGCCAGCGAAGUAGAUGACAAUAUCAGUCCUCACCUUGACAGGGUGACGAAGGAUCAGUUAUACUCCGCUUAUCGAAAGGUGCAAGCGAAAUACCACAAAUAUCGCGGUAGAUACACUGAUCUGGCUGCUCACUAUCGCGAAUUGGACAGAGUGAAGAGCAGACUGGAGUCUGUGUUAGUGGAGACACAGGACAAGGUUCUGAGGAGGAUAACCGACCUGAAGGAACAAUGUCAACUGGAGCAACAAGCGAAGGCGCAUCUGGAGGAAGCGCUAAGAAACGAUAUCGAAGAGAAGGAUCACAUUAUCAGUACUUUAAACACAAAAGUGAAAUUACUACAAACGAGCGGACCAACCCUGGACAAUUCGGUGUCAGAGGAGCAAAAGGAAAACUCCAAGGACAAUCUGAUCGACCUGAGUAACGAGUCGCCUAACGAGAACGAGAGUUCCGCUCUGUCGACGGAGAACGCACAGCUGAAGGACAAGUUGAAGAAAUUGGAAAAUCUGGUCUUGAAGUAUAAGGAGUCCUUGAAGCGCAAUAAGGACAAGUUCACCGAGGUGAUGAAGGAGAAGAACGCUUUGGAGAACGAUCACGAGGCGCUGAAGAGUUCCACCGCCGAGAGGAUAAGCGCGACGGAGGGCGAAUUAAAUGUAGCUCGUGUCGAGGUCGAGAAGCUGACGGAGCAGGUGGCCACUUUGCACAAACGCGAGGAGGAAUCGGCGAUCUCCUUGGCCGAGAACAAACUCUCGGUGCACCGGGAACUCGAGGAGAAGGAGGAGCAGAUCAAACAGCUGCAGAUCGAGCUGAAACACACGGUCGAGGAUAGGGACAGCUUGAGUGACAAAUUGAACUCCACGAUAACAAGAUAUAAAACCGAAUUGAGUAAACUGGGCAAGUCGCACGAGAAGGAUGCAACGGACGCGAAGGAGAAGGUCGAAAUGGUCAAUCAUGGCGAGGAAACCAGAUCGGGGAAGGAUGAAAAUACCUUGGAAGAGUUAACGCAACGUUUGAGGGAGAAGGACACGGAAGUUCAAGAAGUGCAGCGUAAGCUGGACGAGUCGGAGAAGCAAAACGUCGAAUAUAAACACGACAAGGAGGCACUGAAUGCCCAGUUGAUGGUCUACAAAGAGAUAUAUGAGGAGCUGAAGGAGGAGUACAGCGCCCAGAAGAUCAUUAGGGAGGACGCCGAGGCGACGAUCGAGAAACUUCAGGCCACGGUGCAGAGCGUCGACAAGGAGCUGGAGAACAUGAGGAGCGCGUUGAUCGAUCGGGACCAGGUAUGCGAGAAUUACAACAGGAAGAUACAGCAGUAUACAGGCAUGGUGGAGAAGGCUAAGCACAAACUGGCGGAGCAGGAGACGCAGAUCAAGUCUCUCAAGGACAAGUUGGAGGACAGGACGGAAGUCUGCGAGCUGCAGAGGGAGCUGGAGAACAAGAAGGCGGAAUUGAGUGGGGUGCAGAGCGAGCUGGAAUGUUGCAGGUCCUCGAUCGACGAUCUUAAGAAUAAGGUCCAGGCGGACAGUUCGGCCUUGAGUUUGCUGAAGAAGGAGAGGAGCGACUUGAUCAACCGUCUGGUCUAUUACAACGAUUGUAUGCAACGUCUGAAGAAGGACUGUGCGAUUGUUAGAAGCACAGUGAGCGAAGAAUUCUCAAGUCGACAAGCCGAAAUGUCCAACCUGAACGCGCUCCUCGCCGGGUCCUUCCUGAAGCUCGAGGAAGAAAACGCGACGCUCAAGUCCGAAGUGAAUAACCUGCACUCGAAAAUGAAGAACCUGGAACAGUUUGCACAAGUCAACAGUUCUAAAGAGAUGGAACUGGAGUCGGAACUGACGCGAGUAGCGAAUCUCAAGGUCACGCUGGAGGCGGAACUGAGACAGGCUAAGGAGCAGCUGAGGGAGAUGACCUUGAAGAAUGACCGCUGUGACGAGCUGAACGCGAUGAACAAUAAAUUGAUAGCCGAAAUUGACAAUCUUACUUUUAAGGUACACGAUUUGGAGAAGGCCUCGCAGAAGUUGACGCAGUCGCAACAGGAGGUCUGCGUCUUGGAGGAGCGGCUGCGAGCCUUGGAGAACCUCGAGGCCGUAAAUCACACUCUGUCGCUCGAGAUCGACGACUUGAGGGAGAAGCACAGCCAAGCUGGUCGUGUCUUCAAGGAGGUGGACGAGUUAAACGCGAGGCUGCGCGAAGCCACCGAAGUUAUCGACUCGCUGAAGUCGGAGAGCGGCGACAAGGCUGCUCUUCAAGGCGAGCUGCACGCUUCCAGGUCGGAGCUCGCUCGCCUGAGGGACGACCUGGCCGAGAGGGAGGACCGGGUGAGGAAGCUCGACGAGCAGCUGGAGUCAACCUCGAAGGACAACCUAACCUUGAAGGAGGAGUAUGAAACUGCGACGGAGAUCCACGCGAGAGAGACCGCGGAAUUGGUGGAGAACAACAAGGAACUGCAGGAGACGAUAAGCACGAAGCUCGCGCAGCUGAAGAAGCUGAAGAUGAUCAAGGAACGGCAGAGUAAGACUAUCGAAGAGGCGAACGCCGAGCUCGACGAGCUGAAGACGAAGCACGCGGAGUCCUCCAGGUUGCUGGAGACCUCGGAGAGGCAAAUCGAGAUGCUGAAGUCGGAGAACAUUCAGCUGACGAAGGUCGCCCUGGAGAACAAGGAUCUGAAGGACAAGCACAACGAUCUUCUGAGUCACAAUCAGAGGCUCUGCGAGAACGAGGAGGCUCUGAAGCAGAGGAUCAAGGAUUACGAGAAGGACCUUGAAGAACUGCGGAAUACGAUGAAGGAGCACGUGGAAUCGUACAAAUCUCAACUGGACAGUCGGAAUGAAGAGACGGACCGGCUGAAGAGUGGCUUGACAGCUGUCAAUUCGCAACUAGAAUCUAAAGAGGCGGAAUUGGGGUCGCUGAAUGAAAGACUGGCGGCGAGCGAGAGGGAAUUGCGAGAAGUCGCGGAGAAACUUGAAGAGCGGAGCAGCCAGCUGCGGGAUAGGGUCUCCGAGUUAGAUGCAGCCGUGACGAAUGGCAACGUUUUGAAAGAGGCGAAGGAACAGCUUCUCGCCGAGCAGGCGACCUUGAAGAAUAGAAUCGUCGAGUUGGAGAACGCAGACUCCUACAACGCGGAGCUGCAGACCACUUUAACGAAUCUGCAGUCCAAGAAAUCCAGCUUGGAGGCUCUGCGCGAAGCGAACAGCAGAUUGCAUUCGGAACUGGACGCCCUGCAAUCUGGCAGAGACUCGUCGACGGAAUUGGACGCCUUGAAGGACUCCUUGACGCAGAAGGACGAGGAGAUCAGGCUGCUGGAGGACAAAACUUCCAACAUGCUGCAAGAAAUCGGGAGCCUGAGGCAGUUCUCGCUGGAGGUCGACGAGAGAAGAAGGGAAGUCGACUCGCUGAGAAGUUUGGUUGCGCCCUUGGAGCAGAAAGUUGCUGCUCUGCAGUCGGAAAUCGGUUCCCUCACCCGGACGAACGACGCGUUGCGAGACGAAUUGGAGGUCGCUCGUAAUGACGCCAAGUGCCAGCUGGAGAACGAGAAAUUGCACGAGGAGAAGAAGAGAUUGGAGGCGCAGCUCGACGAGGCGUUGAUCACAUUCCAAGCGAAGGAGACGCAGAUGACGCUGAUGAGUAACGAGCUGAAGGCGCAGGCUAAUCAGCUGAAGGAGGAGCUGAAGACUAACGAGGAGGAGCAAGGGAUGAGGCUGAAGCAGCUGGUCAAGGAGUUCCAAGCUCAGUUGCACGAUAAAGAAGAGGAGCUCCAGGCCGCGUUGGAGAAGCGUUUUGACCGCCAACAGAAUUACGAGUCGAAUCUUGUGCAGCAGUAUAAGGAGCAGCUGAAGGAUUGUCAGAUCGAAUUGACGGAAAAGUCUGAACAACUUGAGAGCCUUGUCCUGGAGAACAAGGACGCAGUGGAGGAGAAGGGAAAAGAUAUCGAUCGCCUGGUGGAGACGAUUGCGCAGAUUAAGGAUGAGCAAAAUAACGAGAUCAAGGAGUUGGAGAAGAAGUGGAAGGCUAUAGUGCAGCAGAAGAUAGAUAGUCUGCAAAGUAAGCACGAGGACGAAUUGAACGAGCUGACGAAGGAAUGGCAGAACGAGAGGAAGCUUGAUGUGCAAACUGCAGCAGCUUCCGAGGAAUUGGAGAGCACUUCUCGGGUGGCGAUGGCCGCGAUACAAACCAGCACUGGUUCCAUUCACACUCUGCAACAGACUUUGACGUCCCAAAGACGGGAGAUCGCGGAGCUCAGGAAACUGGUGAAACUCCGACACGACACGCUAGAGGACUCCACGGAGAUAGAGUACCUGAGAAAUAUUCUGUUCGAAUACAUGAUGGGAAGGGAGACUAUGGUGCUCGCCAGAGUGAUCGCUGCUGUUGUCAAGUUCGACCAGGAACAAACUACAAAGAUACUUAAGAAGGAGGAGGACAAACUCACUCUGUUUGGCUCGCUUGGUCUUUCAUAGUACGAAAUGUACGACUUUUCUAUAUAGAGGUGCACAAAUGUUCCAUAGGCGAUUUGACGCGAUUUCUAUAUUUCUGUAGAAUUUUAUAACGCGUCGUUAUAAUAUAACGUGGGCAUCUUCAGUCUGAGAUAUAUAUAUACAUAUAUAUAUAUAUAUAUAUACAUAAGGAAGAAAGCGAAAGAGAAUUGUACAAAAUAUGUUAAAAUAUGUAAUGCUCUUAUAGAUUUUUAUAAAUAUUAAUUUAAUAGAAUAUAUAUAUAAUAUAUGCGCGCGCGAUAAGGCUUAUACGAUAUUAUACAAAUAUAGAUGAUUUAUAAAAGAUGUCCUCAUCUGUGAUUUUCAUUGUGCGUAAAGUAUAAUCAUCUGCUCUAUAGACACUCGUGUUCGAAAUAUGUACUUUUAACUUUAUACAUUAAGGACUUAAGGCGUCGUAAGUAUAUACAGGGUGUUUGACAUAAAAUUAUACCGAAAAUAUGCAAGUAGAUCUCGUUAUGUGAAGAUUUUUUCUCAGCAAAAAUGUCGAGAGACUCAUUUUUUGCACGCUUCCAAUUUUUGCUAUCAUGUAUCUUUGUAACUAAACCUUAAAUUAAAAUUUUAUUUAAGUAAACUCUACUUGAAAUUCAUUGGAGAAUUGUCUCCAACUAAUAAAAUCUACUUAUAUAUUUUCAGUGUAACAUCUUAUGUCAGACAGCCUGUAUAUAAUUAAACUAAUCUAAGGAACAAUGUGUAUAUAUACAUAGUGUAUAAUUGAUAAUAUAUAUUCGUAUAACAAAUACAAUAUGCUCUAAAUAGUGACAGCUUAUUAUCUACAUCGACAUCGAUGACAAUAUAUGUAUGUACAUACAAGGUGUCCCAUAGGAAAUUGUUGAAACUAAUCAACUGUCAAUUUUUAAUGCAUGCAGUUAUUGAGUAAACAAAAAUUGUGUUGAAAAG